CAACAAACGGAUAUUUCUGGUCUGUAUGGAGGCUUGAGACCAACCAAAACCCAAUGGCAGCAGCAGCAUCACUCUCCACCACCACACCCGGCGUCCCUCUUUUCCCUCCACCAAUCUCCGCCCGUCGAACCGCCUCAACAAGGGUCCAGGUGUCGUCCCGACCCGACCCGGAACCCUCUUCAUCUCCCUCCUCUACGGCGCUGACGGUGGUGGACGAGCGGACUCGGCGAAUAGCGAGGGAGUUGGAGGAGCUGAAGAAGCGGGAAGCGAAGGAGCGGAAGGAAUUGAGGGACGGAAAGAUAGCGUCGCAGAAAGCGGUAUCGGUGAUUCUGUGGAGAGAGGCCACAAAGGCCGUGAUUGAUAAGAGUGGCAGAAAGAAGAAGGGUCCCAUCAACUCCAAGAAGCUUCUUCCCAGAACUGUCCUUGAAGCACUCCACGAAAGAGUCGCAGCUCUGCGCUGGGAAUCCGCUCUCAAGGUUUUUGAACUACUGCGUGAACAGAUCUGGUACAGACCUAACACUGGUAUAUACAUCAAGUUAAUAGUCAUGCUUGGAAAAUGUAGGCAACCUGAGAAAGCUCAUAAGCUCUUUCUAGCCAUGGUUGAUGAGGGUUGUGUUUUGGACUGUGAAUCAUACACUGCAUUGUUGUCUGCCUACAGUAGGAGUGGUCUCUUGGACAAAGCUUUCACUCUUCUUGACGAAAUGAAGAAUACAUCUGGUUGUCAGCCAGAUGUACAGACUUAUUCUAUCCUCAUAAAAUCUUGCUUACAGGUUUUUGCCUUUGACAAAGUUCAGAGUCUUUUAUCUGACAUGGCCAAUCAUGGAAUCAAACCCAACACGGUUACCUACAAUACUCUUAUUGAUGCUUAUGGGAAGGCAAGAAAGUUUUCAGAAAUGGAGUCUAUACUUGUGGAAAUGCUUGCUGACCGGGAUUGCCAACCUGAUGCAUGGACCAUGAAUUCAACACUAAGGGCAUUUGGCAACAUUGGACAAAUUGAAACAAUGGAGAAGUGUUAUGAGAAGUUCCAAACUGCUGGAAUCCAACCUAAUGUUCAGACCUUCAACAUUCUGUUGGAUUCCUAUGGCAAGGCUGAGGAAUACAAGAAAAUGAGUGCUGUGAUGGAAUACAUGCAGAGAUACCAUUACUCUUGGACAAUUGUGACCUUCAAUAUUAUGAUUGAUGCUUUUGGGAAGGCUGGGGAUCUCAAACAGAUGGAGUACUUGUUUAGACUAAUGCGUUCAGAGAGAAUAAAACCUAGUUGUGUUACACUAUGCUCACUUGUGAGGGCUUAUGCACAUGCAGGUAAGCCUGAAAAAAUUGGUGGUGUCCUGCGUUUUGUUGAGAAUUCAGAUGUAUUACUGGACACUGUAUUCUUUAAUUGCUUGGUGGAUGCUUAUGGGAGGUUAGGGUGUUUGGCUGAGAUGAAAGGGGUGCCUGAGAUGAUGGAACAGAGUGGUUGUAAACCUGAUAUCAUUACUUAUAGAACCAUGAUUAAAGCUUAUUCUUUUAAUGGUAUGGAUAGUCAUGCUAAGGAAAUCAGAGAACUCCUUCCAACAGUGACUAGACCUUCACUGAAAAGGGAUAAGCCUGACUUCUGAUAAAAAAUAAAUAUACUCAUAUUUUUGCUCCAA